AUGAGCAAAGUCUGGCUCAACGAGAAGCCCAAGACCGUCGAGGGUCACACCAACACUUGCCAGCUUUUCUUUGAAGGCAAUCCCGUUCACGAAAACCCCAUCUCAUGCCACGACAACACGGUCGAUAUUCAGACUGCCCUCCGCAAGGCCGACCCGCGCUUCGAGCUCCGGCUGGCCAGGAAGGACAAGACGGUUGAGGGUCACACUCGCUCCUUCAACAUCAAGUGCAAGGACGAAGAUAUCCUAAAGGACCACUCUUGCCACGACAACAUGAUCACCAUUGUCAAUUCCAUCAACGCCCUCUGGGCCGUCCUCCCUCCCAAAUGA